AUGGACAGCGAGGAGCUGCCGUUCGGUUACACUCGUCGGGACAAGCGUUCAGCGGCUCACAUGGACCUAGAUGGUUCCGCCUCACCCACCUGGAGCCACAUCGACCGCCUCUCCGUCUCUCGCGAGCCCAGCGCCCCUCGCAACCUCUUCCACCUGCCUCGCACAAGCGACAUGCCCGCCGAGACACCCCGAAGAUUCCAAGGCGAUGGCUUUGACUACCGCAGGCCCAUGGUCUCGUACGACAAUGUCAUUGACCUCACCGAUGAGGAUGCGGGGCCCUCCAUCGCGCUAAGUGAACCGCAGCAGUCGAGCAGUCGGUCCGCGCGCCCACCGCGCUUCGGACGACAGAUCAUCGACGUGGAAGAGGGGGACUCGAACGGAGCAGCAGGGGCCCCCGCAUCCCCAGAAAUACAGUUCGUCUCCUCGCGCCGGAUCGAGCCUGCACAGCAACCGCCACUCUACGAACUGGACGAGGACGAUGAGGAUGAGGUGGAAUUCGUGCGCGAAAACCCGCUGCCGGAAGCGGAGAGGCGAAGGGACAUCAACGAGGAAAUUGCGUUCCUGCUCGACGACCCGGCAUAUCGACCCCGCGUUGGGCACCUUCGCGAGCGAGUACAGCAGCAGAUGGCAGGCGAUCGCAGGAGGGCCCGGGAUGCGCAGAUCGCUAGGGUGGAGCGGAUGUUUGCACAGGCUCGAAACCGGAGGACUCCACGUCCACUUGGAGUUCGUGUUCACCAAGGAGAACCACGCGCACUCUCGGUGCGGUUGGAAGCUGGUCAGAGGAACGGCCCUGGCAGACACAUUCACGUUGGAUUCAUUGCACCGGCCUUGAAUUUUGGAGCAGUCGGAUUCGACAUGGGAUUUGAGGAUGGGCCUCCCGAGGCACCGCCACCUCCUCCCCCUACAUACAACGCGCCCGCGCCGGCUCCCGAGGGAUUCACAAGGAGUCCGCAAGAAGAGGACGUUCUGCUGUGUCCGAAUUGCGACGACGAGCUGUGCACUGGCGACUCGGACCAGAAGCGACAAGUCUGGCUUGUCAAGGGAUGCGGUCACGUCUACUGCGGCGAGUGCAUGAUGAAUCGCCACUUGAAGAAGAGCGCAAAAGGCAAGGAGAAACAAAUACCAGUCCGCACGAAGCCGUUUAAGGAAUGCGUGGUGGAGGGCUGCCAGAAACGAGUGUCGAGCAAGAACGCCGUGAUCCAGGUCUUCUUGUGA